AGGGGGAGAGCGAGCGAGACUGUGCUCACUGACUCAGUCAUACUGAACUGCAGGGGCAGAGGAGUGGAGGCGACGCGCCGUGUCCGGCUGCAGCGAUCUCUACUCGCAAGGAAAAAUACGGAUUUAAAGUUGGCGGAUUGUGUAUUCGACUCCUGAAUUUGACGUGGGACAAGUUCGGCUCCCCCGUGGGAUAGUUUUGCUGCAACUUGCGCGCUUUUGCUUGUGUUACACUUGAGUUUUCUGUACGCGUCUGUCUGUGGAUAUGGACAGGAGAGAGCCCGCUGCAGGGGAAGAAGACGCGCCGGUGGAAACCUUCGUCUGAGCGGGGAUUUGAUGAAGCCCUGUCGGCCUUCUUCUGCUUGUUUUCACAGACUUGGAUUUCCAGACGCGGACCCAGGACCUUUGAGUCGUAUUUCUUGCCAGAAGCUCGGUUUCAACGACAACGCGGUGCGCGAAACAUGGAAACAGUAACGCGACAGAGUUUCCAGCCUCACCCGGGACUGCAACAAACUCUCAAACAGUUUCACCUGAGCUCCAUGAGCUCUCUCGGCGGACCGGCCGCAUUCUCGGCCAGAUGGCAACACGACCUGCUCUUCAAAAAGGACGGCAAAGACGUCCCGGAGCCCGUGCUGCACCUCCCCCCCAUGCAGCCUCCUCCGGUGAUGCCCGGGCCGCUCUUCAUCCCGUCUGACCGCUCCACCGAGAGGUGCGAGACGGUCCUGGAGGGCGAGACGAUCUCGUGCUUCGUGGUGGGCGGCGAAAAGCGCCUGUGCCUGCCGCAGAUCCUCAACACGGUGCUGCGGGAUUUCUCGCUCCAGCAGAUCAACUCGGUGUGCGACGACCUGCACAUCUACUGCUCGCGCUGCACCGCCGACCAGCUGGAGAUCCUGAAGGUGAUGGGCAUCCUGCCGUUCUCCGCGCCCUCCUGCGGACUCAUCACCAAGACGGACGCGGAGCGCCUGUGCAACGCGCUCAUCUACGGGGGGACGUACCCGCCGCACUCCAAGAAGGAGCUGUACGGCUCCAUCGAGCUGGAGCUCAGCGAGAAGAGCUUCAAGAUCUAUCACGAGUGCUUCGGGAAGUGUAAGGGUCUGCUGGUCCCGGAGCUCUACACGAGUCCCAACGCGCCCUGCAUCCAGUGCAUGGACUGCAGGUUCAUGUACCCGACCCAGAAAUUCGUGGUGCACAGUCACAAAUCGCUGGAGAACAGGACUUGCCAUUGGGGCUUUGACUCGGCCAACUGGAGGGCGUAUGUCCUCCUGAGCCCGGAUUACACGGGGAAAGAGGAGAAAGCACGUCUGGAGCAUCUCCUAGAUGACAUUAAGGAGAAAUUUGACUUCGCCAAUAAAUACAAGCGGAAAGCAUCACGGGCGUCUGAUCCCAUUCCUGCCAAGAAGUCCAAACACGAUGACUUUCCAGCACAGUUGCCCUCAAGAGACAAAGAUAAGCAACCUGAUUGGCUACGAUCCCUCUCUGCAUCAGCCAAUAAGGGGCUCAACUGCAUCCAGCCCAGACAGAGACCGUCUGCCUUCAGGCCAUGGUCUCCAAACAUCUCUGUUGGUGAUAAGGAGGGAGGCUGCAGGCCUGCUAGCAUGUUACGUGACAGCUUCUACAACUACAAGAGCCUGGAGAGCGCCGUGGCCCCCAACGUAGCUCUGACACCCCUCCAGAAAGGAGGGCAGGCCUCUCCUACCGCCCCGAGCAGUUCACACCCACAUGGGGCGGAAAGCGAAGGUGCCAGCCGCGGGAAGAAGAGGAGGCUGACGGGUGAGACCCACCCCAGCCCACAGCCCUGCCCCUCGGCCACUGCCAGCAAGCCCCUGCCGCCCUCUCAGGAGGAGCGAGACUCGGACGUGGAGGUGGAGGUGGAAGUGGAGAGCCGUGAGGAAUUCACCUCAUCGCUUUCCUCACUCUCCUCCCCAUCUUUUACAUCCUCGAGCUCUGCUAAGGACUUGAACUCUCCCUCCGGCCCCGGAGCCACCUUACCAGCAGUUCUGACGCCAGCCAGCGGGCCCCCUGAGAGUCCCCUGGUGUCCGGAGGGGAGGGACAUGCCAUGACAAACCUGGAGUCGGAGCUGGAGACGCUGAGGCAAGCACUUGACAAUGGCCUGGACUCAAAAGAGUCAAAGGAAAAGUUUCUACAUGAGAUAGUGAAGAUGAGGGUAAAACAGGAAGAGAAGCUGGGAUCCGCCUUACAGGCCAAACGGAGCCUCCAGCAGGAGCUUGAGUUUCUCCGUGUUGCUAAGAAGGAGAAGCUCCGUGAAGCAACCGAGGCGAAGAGGAGCCUGCGCAAGGAAAUUGAGCGUCUGCGUGCUGAAAGCGAGAGGAAAAUGAGAGAGGCCAACGAGUCACGCAUACGGCUGAAGAGAGAGCUGGAGCAGGCCAGACAGCUACGAGUGUGUGACAAGGGCUGUGAGGCCGGCCGUCUGCGAGCCAAGUACUCUGCACAGAUUGAAGACCUGCAAGUAAAGUUGCAACAUGCCGAGGCAGACCGAGAGCAGCUGAGAGCCGAUCUGAUGCAAGAGCGGGAGGCAAGGGAGCACCUGGAGAGAGUGGUCAAGGAGCUACAGGAACAGCUGUGGCCCAAAAGCCCCAGCAAGAACGGCACACCACCCCCACCCGCCAAAGACUCCAAUUAAUCCUAUAUCUCUUGACUCCACCCAAUCCACAUCAACACCGCCCUGAUUGACAGCAUCAACCGCCCAAUCAUGUCAACUAGCAUGCGGGUGAGCCCCGCCCACCUGCCUCUUAGCCAGCGCAAACCCAGAGGUAUCCUGAACGUUUUUUGAUGGACUUCAGACACAUUUUCGAAAAAGUUUUACUUCGAGAGCACUGAAAUGCACCUCGCCUCCAACAAGAUGUAAAAAAAAGAAAAAAGCUAAAGUUCAAUCGGAAAGGAAGAAGCCAAUAGCACAAAAGCUAACUGUGCCUGAAACUGAAUACAUUUUGAAAUGAAGACUUUUCUAUGACAAACAAAUUGGUGAUAAUGACGCAAAAUUUUACCCAGCAAUUUUUAAGCAUGCUGUCCGCCCCGCGUUGUUAUCGAAGAGACAAGGACUCAUCAUCAUCCCAUCAGAAAUUCCUGUUUCCUUUUCCUCUCUCUUUCGUUUUGAGGAACUAAGAUGCAAAUCACUUUGUAAUAAGCUAUUUAAGAGACUUGUUAGUGAGCGUGGAUGAGAUAAAAAAAAAACUUCAGCGACUUAUCAGAGCCUCAAAUUUCCCCCCUUUUACAUGUACAUACAUGUCAUGCUGGUUAAAAGAAGCCAUGGAGACAAAUGGUUACACACACUUCUAUCUUUAACAAUGGUAAAGAGAUACUGGUCAGGAGAGCGUUGAAGGGCUUUGGAGAGCUAGAGGUGGAGAAGCUCAGCCCUGUUGAAAGGGAGAGAUAUUUGUAUUCAAGUAAGUGUUAUGAUCAAGCCAGAGCACUUUCUUUUAAUGGCAAACAAAUGCUCCCCUCACAAGCUGUCGUGUGAUACGCCACGAGUGCGUUCGAGGGUCAAAACCUGUCGGCGGAUCUUAAGAUCGUGGUCAGUGUGGAAUCGGAGGUUUGUGGCUCCUGCUCUCUGUGAGGGUUUGGGUUUUCUUCUCAUCACACACGUGUACAGCUUCUCCGUGGGCUGAGGUGCUGACAACCGGCCCGGCUCACAAACGUGGGCGGCCAUUUUUGGGAAUAAACUAAAAGCAUAAAAAAUACAGCUUCUAGGGCAGGAGGUGUCAUGUGAUCAAGAACCACAAAUUGUUUGUUUUAAGUAAAUUAUAAUAUGUAAAUAUGAAAA